AAUUAGGUCGACGGCCAAACGCCCAAUGCGUUUUUAGACAACCCAUUCAAGGAAAAGAUUCUGGGCCGUCGAUCUGAACCUUUUAUCUUACGACCGUUGAUUUGUUCGUAAAAUGUUCAUUCCUUUCUUCCUCUGUCUCACUUCACCUCUCAAAUUCAUCAUUUCAGAAGCAGAAUGUUUCUCAAGGUGCAGUUGCCAUGGAAUGUCAUAAUUCCUGCUGACAGCUUGGGUGCCAAAGGCUUGAUGCUUCAAAAGGCUAUAGUGGUACACCUAUUGGAUGACUUUGCUUGCAAGAAGGCCACCAAGGAUCUUGGAUAUUUCAUUGCUGUAACAACUCUGGAGAGCAUUGGGGACGGCAAAGUUAGACAGAACACAGGGGAUGUGCUUUUCCCUGUUGUCUUCAGUGGCAUCACCUUCAAGAUGUUCAGGGGAGAGAUUUUGGAAGGGGUUGUACACAAGAUACUGAAACAUGGAGUUUUCUUGAGGUGUGGGCCAGUCCAAAACAUCUAUCUGUCUCACCUAAAAAUGCCUGACUAUCAUUAUGUGCCUGGGGAAAAUGCUAUCUUCAUGAAUGACAAGCACUCGAAGAUUGAGAAGGAUGUUGUUGUUCGAUUCAUAGUGAUUGGAACAAAGUGGCUGGAGGCAGAGAGAGAAUUUCAGGCAUUGGUGAGUUUGGAAGGUGACUACUUAGGACCAGUUUCUUGAACAUAACUUUUGUUCACCUUUGUAUGUAUUUGGAUGCACUUCUUACCAUUUUCUUAAGAACUUGUUGAUUUGAGAAUGUUGGAUGUUAAAUUGUUCGACUAGCUAUUGUAAAUUCAGUUGUUGAAGUCUACAGUUAACUUAUGAUAUAUACUUGGUAUAGCAUUUGAAAA